CUCCCUCCCUCCUUCCUUCCCUCCCUCUUAAACCCACACCCUUGAUGCAGGCAGGCGUGCACACACCGGCAGAUUGAGUCAGCUUCCGCAUCGCUCUCCCUUCUCUCCAUCUCUGCUGCCUCUAUCCCUCCACUGGUGGAUUUCUAGCCCACUUCUGACAAACACCGCCAAUAUGUCUGACAAGCCUGAUAUGACGGAGAUUGCCCGUUUCGACAAGGCAAAGCUGAAGAAGACAGAAACACAAGAGAAAAACCCUCUGCCCACCAAAGAGACCAUCGAGCAAGAGAGGAAAGGCGAUGCCACACCUUGACUUCGAGCACAUGAAGAAAAGAUGCUGAGAUGCCACAGCAAAAAGCACUUUUUUUUUAUCAUCACAGUAUUUCAAUCUCUUGCUUUGUCUUCAGAAAAGGUUGCUUUUGAGCAUCGCGGGGUGCCGUAAAGUGUUUAAGGCAUCCCCUCAUUGGGGGUUCUCUUACCACAUGGGUGGAAAAAUGUUAGCUUGGGUGCCUGUCUUGCACUGUUAGCCUAUAGCUAACAUGUCUCCAAUAUUGCCAAACUGGGGAGUGGUGUAGUGAUGUAGCACAGAGAGAGAGGCAGGCAUCCAUGCUAGUGGGAGGGAAAGGGGAGGGGGGGGGGGGGGGUGUCUAAAGAUGGGAGCAAUCGGAGUCGAAUCAUGUGGGAUGUUUUCUUAUUCAACUUUUUACUUUUAUUUAUGAAAUAAAUAUGAAGACGUGAAACCAGUCA